AUGGAUACCUCCACCAAUCCCUUCACCGGCGCCCUCAACGACCCCAACAGCCACGCCAACUUCCUGGGUAACAAAUCUUCUAACAACAACGAAGCUCUCAUCAUGGGAGGAGUCAUGGUCGGUUCUGUUGUCCUUGUUGCUAUCGUUGGUGUGGGAUGCAUGGUCUAUAAGCAGCGUGUUCGCAAGAUGAAGGCCCAGGAGGCCAAGCUCGAUGACGGAGCUUCUGUUUAA